AUGAUUAAUACUGACCGUGCUCUUGGAACUACAUUAUCUCAUAAUAUUUCAAAAUACCAUGGCGAAGCUGGUUUACCAGAUGAUACGAUUCAUGUUAAACUCGAUGGUUCUGCAGGGCAAUCAUUUGGUGCAUUCUUGGCUCCUGGUGUCACAUUGGAAUUGGAAGGUGAUGCGAAUGAUUAUGUCGGUAAAGGUUUAUCUGGUGGAAGAGUAGUUGUUUAUCCACCAAAAGUUUCAAAAUUCAAGUCAGAAGAAAAUAUUAUCGUUGGGAAUGUAUGUUUAUACGGAGCAACAUCUGGUCAAGCAUUUUUUCGUGGUAUUGCAGCUGAACGUUUUUGUGUACGUAAUUCUGGUGCUGUAGCAGUUGUUGAAGGAGUGGGUGAUCAUGGAUUGGUGGAAUAG